AUGACUGCGAUGACGACGGUGCGUCACCGUGUUGUGUGCGCCGUGUUGUUCCUUGCGCUCUCGUCCGUGUACGUGACGGCUGUUGGGAGUGCUGGAGAUGUAUCUGGUGCUGCGGAUGCGGUGGUUGUGCCGGUGGAUGUGUCGUGUGCUCCGAGUGACGGCAGCCUGAGCUAUCGCGUGUGUGUGUGUGUGCGUGGAGGAAGGGUUCUGCUGCCGGUGCUGAGGCUCAGCAUGAGAAUUAUACUUUCAGUGGCUUUGGUGUGCGCAUGCAUGGCAGGAAUGGUGAGCUGGGUGCUGUGUGCCAUGUGGCCAAUGCGGUGCACACAUGUAGCAACUGUGCUGCCAGCUGUGCAACGGAAGAGGAAGGGGCCACCGUUGCCUUCACGAUGA